AUGGCCGCGACUAGGACUUCGACGCGCCAAGCUGCACAGAAGGCGAAAGAAGCCAUAUCAGCCGGUCCCGACACGAAGAGCAAGGGUGGAGCGGGCGCAAAGCGUAAGGAAGCUGCGCAUAAAGGUCCCGAGCCGAAGAGGAGCAAGAAGGAUGACAAGAAGGCUGCGCGGGAUGAAGACAAGAAGGUGGAGGAGCGAAAGGAAGAUGCGGAAAAGCAUGUAAAGGAAAAGAAGGAGGAGCAUGGUGAACAAGAAGCAGAGGGAGAGAAGGCUCAGCCGGUUGAGGAGCAAGUAGAGGGAGAGAAGGCUCAGUCGAAUGAGAAACCAGAAGUGGAAGAGAAGGGUCAACAGAAUGAGGAGCCAGCGGAGGGCAAGAAGGAAGAGCCUGGAGAAGAGCAAGCAGUGGGGCCAAAAGAAGAACAGAAAGAUGAGCAAGUAGAGGAAAGCAAGGAAGAGCACGGGAAUGACAAAAAAGAUUCACAGGAAUCAAAGACUGAACAGGCAAAAUCUGCCGACGACCAAGAGAAGCCCGCUGCGGAUGGGGUCGAAUCUGGGAUCCAAAAAUCGAAGGAAAGAGAGGAAGCCGUUCCUUCGAAUAUACUCGAGAAAGGCGUGAUCUAUUUCUUUUACCGACCCCGUGUUAACGUGUCCGAACCAAAUAGGGCCCCCCUGGAUCAAACGCAGGGGUCUUUAGAAGCUGGCGCGAAGUGUCGGCUGAUGCUAUUGCCCAAAAAGAAGUUUCCAACGAGCGGGAGAGAGAGAGACAUGGGUUUCGUCGAGAAGGCUGGACAGACGAUGAAAGAGCUCCAGGAGAACUUCAUUGCCGGUGAGAAAUAUGAAACCUCGACUCGCGGCGAACGCACUGUGCCGGAAGCCAAGCCGUAUGCAGAAGGCGUCUAUGCGAUUACAUCCACCAAGCGAGCCUCGCACCUGGCGUACAUUUUGACUAUCCCCGGGGAGAUUGGCCCUCUCCAGGAAGACUUUGGUCUUCACGCGCGCGGCAGCUGGAUUGUGCAGUCGAAGAACCCGAAGUAUCCCGGCCCUUCCUCUGCGCAACUCCCAAAGGACCCUGAGUACCCUGAAAGUGUCCGCGAAAAGUUUCAGGAUUACCGCUGGGCGCCAUUGAUACCUGAGUUCAUCGACUAUCCGAACGCCCAGUUCCUAAUGAUCGGUGAAGCUACAGAUGAUCUGGGAAAGGCUGCUACAGCCGAGUCUGACGGCAAGCGGUCUGAGGAGGUGCAGCCUGGGGAGGAAUUGGAGAAGUUGGAGGGCGAGAAUGAGGAGAGAGUUGACUCAUUGAAAGGUGAUGAUGCUGUAUACAAAGAUCUGGGGCUGGAUGCGGGCAAGUAUCCUAAGGUGCCAACGACUUGGGCAAGUCAGUAG